AUGAACCAAGCGAUGUCAAGUAAUAACCUUCCACCGGUGCGGCAUUUACCACAGUGGACCCGGGUGGGAAGCCUCGGGAAGCCUUGCUCGACUCGGCGUCUCCCCUCACACCACCUUCCCCCGCUGCCUGCUGCUCCGCCGGUGGACGGAGAAGCCAGAGGAGGAGCAGCAGACGCGUCCUGUCAGAGUGACAUGGACCCCCGCGUCGCAUCAACGCAGAGAAAUAUCCAGUUCCUUCAACAACAACACAAGGACACUCUGGAGAAGCUCCAUGCAGAGAUAGAGUAUCUCAGGCGGGAGAAUAAAGGUGAAGGCAUCAAUGUGAGGUUAAAUAUGUCAUUAAUGUGAGAGAAUUAACCUCUGUGUAUCACAUAUAGUCACUUGAAUCGUGUUUUAGCGUCAGAUCAUUUCAAUUUAAAGCCUGAAUAAGUGGUGUGAUCACUAACGAGUAACAGAUAAUCCAGUCAAAAAGUUUCAUACAAACUAAAAUGUUGUUAUUACAAGAGUAUUAAAGUCAAUUUCAUUGUGUUGUUUACAGGUAAGAAAGGCAUAAGACAAAAGAAACAUCUCCAUAUUCAAAUAUAGAUCCAUCUAGACACGCAGUGUCCAUCUGGAAAAGAUCAGAGUCAAUUCUCAAACUAGCAGCUGUCUGUACAAGUAACACAAAAUAUGUUAAAAUAUCAGAAAAGCUUUGUAAAAAUUGAAAUAUGAGCACAAAAACAGAAGUAAGGGCCUGUACUAAGUGUGCAUUCUGACAUAUCCAUGUUUACACGGAGGGCAGCCAAUGUAUUGUAAUUCUAACAGGCAAGGCUGAAUAUCCAUGUAAGUGUUGACACCGAUUAGGUAAUAAAUUUAUGUCAAUGACUGUUUGAGUUGUUGAAAAGAGAGACAUUCAAUCUAGCUACAGUGGUAGCAUAGCAACUCAAAGGUUCUUAUGCCUCUCAGUGGGAGGUGAACAGAGAUCCGGUGUCACUCCUCCAAACAGGGCACAUGGCGUUCCAUAUAACCACAUCUCACCACUCCACAGGAGACUCCUCAGUCAUCUGUCUUCACACCAUCACUGCAGACAGGCCCCCAUGAAAGCAUGGGCUGUUUGCUGGGACUGUGUUACAAGAUUGUGCCUCCCUGCAGUAUACCCUGCACUAAAAUCUUCUCCAUCUGGAUGUUUCAGAGUUGCAGUAUAAGCUGAUUAUGGAGCCCCCUGUGACGAGUAGAAAAGGUAAGAUGUGAUGACACUUUGUCAGGGUUUUUAGGUUUGUUUUGCCUAACUAUCAUCCAGAGGUCUAUCAGGAUUAUGAUUGUGGUAAAAUCAUCUGUCAGGGUUUGUGUAACUCUACAUGGUGCCUUCUUUUUCAAUCUGGAUUUUAAGGGGCAACUCAAAAUCGACGAGGUAUUAGACCCCCCACACAGGGAAGUGAAGCCUGCGCGGGACUCUACCAAGAGGAGCCACUGCAAGAUCUGCGAUCCUCACAAGAACAAGCACUAAGGUGAAUUCCCAUCUCCACUCUUAUUCAGUCAUUCAUGCAUCUAAUUCUAAUACUUCAGUACUGAUGAAGAGUGAUCAGACUUCUCCUGAAAACAUUAAGAUAUGACCUUUUACUCAUUUGAUCUUUGAUUCACUUUCAAUUGUCUUCGGCAGUCAUACAGACAAUGCUGUAAAGACAGAUUAAAGUUGUAACAGUUGUGAUAUAAAUGUUUGUAUGUAUUUAACAUUCCAUUAAAACCUUGUAAUUUCCUUGUUUUGUUAUACAGUGACAAGAAAUCAGUUUCAAAUAUAAUCCAAACACAACCGUAACUACCUCAAACAAUUUGUAUGUUACUUUUCAUGCAAUCUGCUACAAUUUCCAACUGCUGGGGAGAAGGUUUGGAGAUAGCAGUGAUUCUUCCAGAAUGGACCAUGGUCCAGAGGUGAAAGGGGGCCUCAUUACCUCAUUACAGCCUUUACGAAUCCACAGCGGUCCUUCCCAUCCACCUCGUGCUCCCACACUACAGGAGUGUGAAGUCAUCAUUCGGCAACUCUACAAUGCCAACAGUCUGCAGUCUCAGGAGGUAAGUGUUUCUCAGACUCUGUCAGGCAAAAUAUGGUAUCUAAUGUUUCUUUAAUGAAAGCUGUUCAUGACUGAUUGAGAAAUCUGUCAUGUUUAGAUUCUGCGUGUCAAGGGGUUGCUGAGAGAUAUUGUUUUGAGCAAGAAAAUCACCCCAGAAAACUACAUUUUGACCAAGGCCUACCUUGUUGAUGGUGCCAGGUAAGGAGAUUAAAGUAUUUACUUUUUUUAAAAUGGUGCUACCUGGAAAAAAGGGGUGAAAAGAGCACUGUACAGUCAUGAUAAGAACUGAUCUUUUUGUCUGUUUUUAGGAAAUCCUAUGAAGAAAAGAAACUACCAAAACUCAGUCUUCAAACAUUGCCAGAAAAAGUGUAUGUAAUCUUUUUCUCCACUUAUGUAAAACCGCAUGUACCCCCCCUGUAAUUUUGGCUUUUCACAACUCUGAAGUCAAACAGACAUCUUCACGGAUGUUUUCUGCCCUAGAUCUGGACCCUCUCAGUCUGGUGUGGUCCUCCCAGCCCUCAAACCCAGCCUCAGCUCCACCAUUGCAGAGAGACAGAGGAGGGCCCGCGCUGUGCAGAGAGACCGCCUCAAAAGGACAGUGCACUAG